AUGCGCGCGUGGAGCUGGCGACGCUAUGACGAGGAAUGGGGAGAGCUGUUUGCUUGUAGAGGUAGUGUGGUUCAAGUUAGAAAUGGAAGAGACAACUACCUCUAUCGCAAAUUCCCCAGAUUUACGUCCAUGGUGCCACCGGGCAGUCGAGGGCUUACACUACAAGUGACGGCCGAGGCGCGUUUAAUGAGCAAAUGCUUUAAAAAGUACGGCUACUUCAGGCGAGCGGAGUCGUCGCAUUGCAAUAGCGUAUGCGGCGCUGGGUCUUCUGAUGCAGACAAGGGAAGUGCACCUCGCUGCAGGUCCAGAACAGGGAGUCAUUCCCGUGUGUCAACAGUACACUCACUGGGCUCGGCUACCUCAGUCUACACAUGA